GCUUCCCCUCUUCGUCCUUUCCAUUCUACGUCUUGCCACGUUUAUUUUUCUGAUCCUUCAUCAAUCUCGCUCUCCCAUAGAGGUUACACCUAACAUGUUUGCUCUCUUUCCUCAGAAAAACGAUUCUCAGCAUUCGACAUCCAUUUCAGAUUGGUCAUUAUUGGUACCUUUAUUAUCUCUCGUCUCCGCUCUUGCUCUAGUAGCAUAUAACCUUCUCGUUUACCCUCGCUGGAUAUCUCCUUUACGCGCAUUUCCCGGUCCUCCUCUCGGGGGAAUUAUCAAAGGUCAAUUCCCAGCUAUCAUCAAUGGCGAGGCUGGUGUCCCACAGUGUCAGUGGAUCGAAGAAUAUGGGUCGAUCGUGCGCGUCGUGGGUCCCAUAGGAAUCGAGAGACUUAUCGUAGCAUGUCCAGAAGCUUUACAUCGAAUCCUUGUGACAAAUUGGACUGAUUAUCCGAGGCCCAGUUUCAUGCAAUACACCCUAGGUGUCGUUGCGGGACAUGGCUUGCUUACUGCUUCUGGCGAUAACCACAAGCGUAUGAAGAAACUGCUACAACCAGCAUUUUCGGCUCACAACGUAUUGAAAUACGACGAAAUGUUUUAUGACUCAAUUGAUCGCCUCGUUGCCCUUCUUACCAACGAGAUUGGCUUGGAACAGCAUGGAAAAGAGAUACUGAUGUUGAGCUACUUGAACAGAGCUGCUAUGGAUAUAAUUUGUAAAACGGCAUUUGGAUAUGAGUGCGGGGCCCUAUCUGAACCCCCGAGUGUGUCAAAGCUGAUGGAGGCUUACGAGAGGAUAAGUAACGAACAAAAUGGACGGAAUGCGACGGCACUGAAUGCGUUCAUGGCGAUACCUGGCGUGGGCCCUCUAUCUAUAUCCGACUGGCCUUACCACUGUUGUCGCUUCGUCAAGAGGGUAGGGGCAUUUAAGCCCGUGGUGGCGUUGUUUGAGUCAAUGCAUCUUAUCAAAUCAAUCAUAUCGACGUUUGUGGAUGACAAAAUUGCUGAAGCGACGGAUCAGGAAACGCAUGCCGAGGCAGGGACGCGUUCGGAUAUGAUGGGUAUCCUUCUCAAAGCGAGACAAGCAGAAGGAGAAGGAGAGAAGAACUCAAAGGAAGUAGUAAUUGAUAAGAAGGAUAUGCUUCAUCAUGUGCUGACUUUCAUCGCGGCUGGCCACGAUACGAGCGCAAAUAGUUUAACUUGGGCCCUUUACCUGCUGGCUAAGAACCCUGAAGUUCAAGAUCGACUCCGUGCAGAAGUUUCCCCCUUCUGUUCUUCCAACUGCGGUAGACCUGACAUACGCAAAAUUAAGCAGCUUCAAUAUCUGGAUUGCGUCAUUAAUGAAUCCCUACGCCUGUUCCCCCCAAUACCAAUGACCUUCCGGAAGUCAACGAAAGAUGAUCACCUCGAUGGAAAGUUUGUACCAAAGGGAACGCUGAUUUAUGUCCCAAUUCGUGCCGUUGGCUGGCUCAAGAGCGUCUGGGGAGAUGAUGUCGCUGAGUUUCGACCGUCCCGUUGGUCAGAUUUACCACCGGAAUAUAAUCCUAUCUAUUCCGCUUUCCUGCUGGGUCCGCAGUCCUGCAUCGGGAAGUUCAUGGCCAUGUUGGAAAUGAAAGCGAUCUUGGCAUCUCUUAUAGGGAAUUUCGAGUUUUCCUUAGCUUAUGAAGGACAGGUCGCACAGCCGACAGCAGCUGCUACCAUGAAACCAAAGGACGGUAUGCCGCUUCGUGUACGACGCGUGAGCUCACGUUGACCGCAAUCUUCUAACUUAACUGGAAGAAGUUCAGCUGAGGCUCAGCCUUUUAGCUCUUCGGAUCUUUUUUUUUUACUAGAAUUUGACGAGAAUGUUCAAUAUUACAUGUAAAUGUGCAUAUUUCCAGUAUGUUUUGGCUCUGAUCUAUCUUUACUAAAUUAAGUUAGCAUCUAUUACUCCUCUUUGCAUAGCCACAAACUCCGGUCGCUUCUUGAAAGCGCCACCAUCUGAUAUGAAAGCAUAACGGCAAAGAACCUUUUUUUUGUCCUCAACUUCGACAGAAAAACGGAUAGCAAUAAUAGCUCUUACUC